CCUCUGGAGUUGCAUCUAUCAAUUUAUUUCUGGCCCAAGUUUGACUUGAGUAGGGCAGGUAAACAGCCAGAGCCGCGGAGCAAAAUAAACAGGCAGUAUCCGGGCUGUUGCCCCCUCCAAUGCCGGCCGGCCACCCAUCACCUUCCUCCCGCGCGCUCCGGUGCCCUCGCUACCACCACCACCUAAUCGGCCAUUCUGCCUUCCGCUCCGUUUCUCCGCGCGCCUGACCUCCUCCUCUACCUGAUGGCCGCCACCCCGCCGCCGUCGUGGGACGCGUCACCGCAGCCCCGGCGGCCGGCCUCCUCCUCGGGGCCCGCCAAGCGCGGGGGCCUCCUGCUGGGGCGCUACGAGCUGGGCCGCCUGCUCGGCCACGGCACCUUCGCCAAGGUGUACCACGCCCGCCACGCCGACGACACCGGCGAGACCGUCGCCAUCAAGGUGCUCGACAAGGAGAAGGCCCUGCGCAACGGCCUCGUCCCGCACAUCAAGCGCGAGAUCGCCAUCCUCCGCCGCGUGCGCCACCCCAACAUCGUCCGCCUCUUCGAGGUCAUGGCCACCAGGUCCAAGAUCUACUUCGUCAUGGAGUUCGUCCGCGGCGGGGAGCUCUUCGCGCGCGUCGCCAAGGGCCGCCUCAAGGAGGACACCGCGCGCAGGUACUUCCAGCAGCUCAUCUCCGCCGUCGGCUUCUGCCACGCCCGCGGCGUCUUCCACCGCGACCUCAAGCCCGAGAAUCUCCUCGUCGACGAGCGCGGCGACCUCAAGGUCUCCGACUUCGGCCUCUCGGCGGUCGCCGACCAGUUCCACCCCGACGGCCUCCUCCACACCUUCUGUGGCACGCCGUCAUACGUCGCUCCGGAGGUGCUCGCGCGCCGCGGCUACGACGGCGCCAAGGCGGACAUAUGGUCGUGCGGUGUCAUCCUGUUCGUGCUCAUGGCUGGCUACCUCCCUUUCCACGACCAGAACCUCAUGGCGAUGUACCGUAAGAUCUACAGGGGGGAAUUCCGGUGCCCGAGAUGGUUUUCCAAGGAUCUUAGCUGUCUAAUGAAUCAGCUCCUUGACACGAACCCGGAGACCAGGAUCACGGUGGCUCAGAUAAUUGAGAGCAGGUGGUUUAAGAAAGGGUUCCGGCCGGUCAGGUUCUACGUCGAGGAUGACCAAGUGCACAGCUUGGCAGACAGUGAGGCUGAGGCGCUGGAAGAACUGGGGCCCAGUGACAGUGAGCCUCCACCCCCACCUCCCCCUCCCCCGCCACCACCACCACCACAGAAAGAGGACGACGGCGAUGAUUCUGGCUGGGAGUCAGACUCCUCCGUAGCGUCCUGCCCAGCCACAUUGUCAUCAGAGGAGAGGAGACGGCCUGUCGGAUCUCUCCCACGGCCGGUAAGUCUAAACGCGUUCGAUAUCAUCUCGUUCUCAAGGGGAUUCAAUCUGUCGGGGUUGUUCGAGGAGCGAGGCAAUGAAGUGAGAUUCGUCUCGGCACAUCCCAUGCAAACGAUCAUAACGAAACUGGAGGAGAUCGCCAAGGUGAAGAGCUUUGCAGUUCGGCGGAAGGAUUGGCGGGUGAGCCUGGAAGGCACGAGAGAAGGCGAGAAGGGUCCACUGACGAUCGGGGCUGAAGUGUUUGAGCUCACGCCAAGCCUUGUGGUGGUGGAGGUGAGGAUGAAGGCAGGUGACAGGGAAGAAUAUGAGGAAUUUUGUGAGGGGGAGUUGAAACCUGGGAUGCUGCACCUCGUGCACCGUACAGCAUCGGUUCCGGAUAUACCUUCUGCAUGAUACUGAUUAGCUUAGAAGGUAACUCUUGCUCUUGCUUGGAAGGACUAUGGAAAAGAAAUUUGGAUUGAGAGGUUGCACCUUUCUGCUUCAGCGUAAGCAUCUGUGCAGGAAAAUGUCAUUCAUAGAUUUUCCUUAUUAGUUACUUUUUGGUUAAUAUUCUUUCCGCAAUCCAAAAUGUCUUGUGAUAUAUAGUAGUCGUGUGCUAAUAUCAAUUGUCAAUUUUCUAGUUCUUAAAGUUUAAAUAAAAGUUGCGGCCAUUUCACUGCAGCAUUAUUAUGAAAGCUAUAACUCUAAUGUUAUUUAGCCAUGUAACGGUGCUGCACUUAUGUACAUUCAGCUUGUACAAAUGUCAUCCGUAAAUUUUUUGA